CGUAUGCUCCGCUGCCUUGGCGGAUAGAGAGGCCCUCCCCAGCUCGAAUGCCUGGAGGCCUCGCGGCUAGAGCAGCCGUCUGGAGCGUCUGCUUGCGGCUAGAGCGUCCCCUCCGCUCGGAGCCUCGUGUGACCUUCCCUCCCGCAGAGAGAUGCUACCGGCGGCUACCUGCCGCCUGUGGGGCCCGUGCCUUGGGCUUCGGGGCGCCGCGCUUUGCCUCGUCAGGUACCGCGGGGUCCUGGGCGCCAGAAUGGGCCAGCAGGCUGGGAUAGGUCGGAGCGGAGUGGGUGACGGGCGUACAGCCACCUUCCCGGGCUCGGCCCACGGGACGCUGGCUGACAGCUAUUUCGGGGGGACUAGGCAGCAGGUACCAGAUGUCUGUGCUGCGCGGCAACUGAGGAGCAGUAGCCACCGAAGGGGUGAGGCGCUAGCCAGUGCACCCCUGGAUAAUGCCCCCAAGGAAUACCCUCCCAAGAUCCAACAGUUGGUCCAGGACAUCGCCAGCCUUACGCUCCUGGAGAUCUCAGACCUCAAUGAACUUCUGAAGAAAACGUUGAAGAUCCAGGAUGUUGGCCUUAUGCCAAUGGGUAGCAUGAUGCCUGGUGCCGUCCCUGCUGCAGCAGCUCCUGAGGCGGCAGAGGAGGAAGACCUGCCCAAACCGAAAGAACGCACACAUUUCACCGUGCGCCUGACAGAGGCAAAGCCUGUGGACAAAGUGAAGCUGAUUAAGGAGAUCAAGAACUACAUCCAGGGUAUCAACCUUGUCCAGGCAAAGAAGCUAGUGGAGUCCCUACCCCAGGAAAUCAAAGCCAACGUCGCCAAAGCCGAGGCUGAAAAGAUCAAGGCGGCCCUGGAAGCAGUGGGCGGCACCGUGGUUCUAGAAUAGUAUCCACUGUAAGGACUUAUAGACUGGAGUCCCUGGUACCUGGGUGAGGCCCUGCCCACCCACACCAGCCCACUCCACUCCCAGCACCAGGCUCCUGAACAGGGACUUGGAGAGUUGGAGUGACAGGCGCUAGUGGCCAAGCCCAUUUGGGAGGGGCAGGACAGCCCUAUUGUGAUAGGGAGGGAGGGCAGCGCAGCUAGUAUGGAGCCCUGCAGGCCCCUCCAGAGGUCACCAGUCAGUGCUGCUCCUCUGGUGGCUGCUGAGGAAAAUACACUGUUGAGGCUGGUGUGUCCGA